UUGUUAUUGUUAAUCAUAUUAUUAAUAUAAUUAUCAUUUGAUUGAAUCAAUAGUUUAUUAAAUAAUUAAUAAAAUAGUGAAUUGAGUAUCAAAUGAAUGAAUAAUCAAUGAAAUGAUGUCAAACAAUGUCUGAAUAUUUAGUCAAACAUUUCAAUAAACUAAACAAAUGGCAAAUCAAAGUCAUUAUAAACAAGUUUUCUGUGUCUUAUUGUUUGUGUCUUUCACUGCAUGUUUGGUGACCAAAGUGACCACCGAUGACAAUGAGGUUUACACGGAUGAUGACCAAAAUUUUGACAAUCAUUACCAUAUAUUUAGGACCCGAUCGGGUCUUUACGACCGAAAGUACCGUCACUUUAGUGAAGAUGAACGGUUGGAAACGCUGUCUUUGGCCAAACAGAUGUUUCAAUUUGGUUACGACUCUUACAUGACUUAUGCCUUUCCUAAAGAUGAACUCAACCCCAUCGACUGCACCGGUAGAGGACCUGAUGUUGACGACCCGUCAAACAUUAAUAUCAAUGAUGUAUUGGGCGACUAUUGUCUCACAUUAAUUGAUUGUUUGGACACUUUGGCAGUGAUGAAGAACGCCUCAGAGUUCAAGAGAGCCGUACAAUUGGUCAUUGAAAACGUGUCUUUUGAUAAGGACAACAUCAUACAGGUGUUUGAGGCCAAUAUCCGAGUGUUGGGUGCUUUAAUAUCAGCUCAUCUUCUCAUUGAAGAUGAGAACAAACCAUUUGGUGAUCUCAGACCAAAGUUUUAUACGAAGCAAUUGCUUGAAUUGGCUCACGAUUUGGCCACGAGAUUGCUUCAAGCCUUUGAUAAAAGCAAGACUGGUCUUCCAUAUCCAAGAGUCAAUUUAAGAACAGGAGUUCCCAGCGGUGAUCAAUGCAAUUGGUGUCAAUCGCAUACGUGUACCUCUGGUGCCGGUUCUCUUAUUUUGGAGUUCGGACUUUUGAGUAGAUUAUUAGGUGAUCCCGUUUAUGAAAGUGUUGCCCGACGGGCCACUCAAGCCUUAUGGCGUAUGAGAGCCGAGCAAACGGGACUCUUAGGAAAUAUUAUAGACGUAGAAACUGCAGAAUGGAUCGACAAAAUGAGUGGACUCGGAGCUGGACUCGACUCCUUCUUUGAAUAUCUUUUAAAAUCAUAUAUAUUGUUUGGCGAAUCAGAAGAUUACCGAAUGUUUAAUGAAAGCUAUACUAUAAUAAAAAAAUAUUUAAGAAAAGGAAGACCUCAUUGUAAUAGAGGUUCUGGUAAUCAUCCGCUAUAUGUUAAUGUAAACAUGUUUGAUGGCACCACAUCUACUCUAUGGAUUGAUUCAUUACAAGCUUCUUGGGCUGGCGUCCAAGUAUUGGCCGGUGAUAUAGAGGAAGCAAUUUGUGGUCACGCUUUAUAUUAUAACAUAUGGCGUAAGUAUGGCGUACUUCCAGAGCGAUUCAAUUGGCAUCGAAUUAGUGCCGACGUCUCGUUUUAUCCAUUAAGACCAGAGUUAGCCGAAUCAACAUAUCUUUUAUAUCAGGCGACAAAAAACCCAUUUUAUCUUCACGUCGGAAGAGAUAUAUUGUUUAGUCUUAACAAUUAUACGAGAACUCAAUGUGGUUUCGGAACCGUUCACAAUGUUAUCGAUAAAUCACUCGAAGAUCGAAUGGAAAGUUUUUUCUUAAGCGAAACGUGUAAAUACUUGUAUUUGCUUUUUGAUUUCGAUAAUCCUGUAAAUCGAGACUCACAUCGAUAUAUAUUUUCAACUGAAGGCCACGUGUUUUCAGUGGACAAAAAAUUAAGGACUAAUUUAUGGUCAGACAAUCAACUUAUCAAUAGAGAAAAAAAUGAUAACAAAGUCAAAGUCGAGUCAAUUGUUAUAUCAAUAAACAGACGAAAUACCUCUUCAUAUUCAUAUUGUCAUCGCAUUGACUCUGAGAGACAAUUUUCACUGCCUUUAAAAAAUCAAUAUUUUCUUCAAGUGAGUCAAGCAUUAGGUAUUGAGGACAGCCCUCUAUAA